AAUGUGCUUCCGGUCACGAGAGACUACCCACAAUCCUUUGCGCUAUGAACGCGAAAGCACAAUCAUAAAUCAGUCAAUUCUGGGGGGUUUUCGCACCACCAACUUUUUUUUACCACCAACUCCGAGGCAAAAGUUGUACUUAACAAAAACGCCGCUAGUACAGAAGCUCCUUUCGAGAUGGCUCAUCUGUCUGCUCUUUUCAAGUAUGUGGAUGAACACCAGGAUGUUUACGUGCAGCGCUUGGCAGAUUGGGUCGGCAUCCAGAGCGUGUCCGCUUUGCCGGAGAACCGCAACACAGUCAAGAAGAUGAUGGAGAUAGCGGCCAAGGAUAUUGAGCGGCUGGGCGGCACAGUGGAGAUGGUGGACAUUGGCAAACAGAAGCUUCCCGGUGGGGAGGAGAUCCCCCUGCCCCCUAUCAUCCUGGGAAGCUUGGGCUCGGACCCAGGCAAGAAGACCGUGUGCAUCUACGGUCACCUUGACGUCCAGCCCGCCAACAUAGAAGAUGGCUGGGACACGGAACCUUUCACUCUGGUGGAGAAAGAUGGAAAGCUGUACGGGAGAGGCUCCUCUGAUGACAAGGGUCCAGUGCUCGCUUGGUUUAACUGCAUCGAGGCCUACCAAAAGAUCCAGCAGGAGCUUCCCAUCAACAUCAAAUUCUGCUUCGAGGGGAUGGAAGAGUCCGGCUCAGAAGGCCUGGACGAACUAGUCUUUUCCCGCAAAAACAGCUUCUUCAAGGACGUGGACUACUGCUGCAUCUCGGAUAACUACUGGCUGGGCAAGACCAAACCCUGCAUCACCUACGGACUGAGAGGAAUCUGCUACUUUGUCAUCGAGGUAGACGGCUGCGAGAAGGACCUGCACUCGGGUGUGUUUGGCGGCUCUGUUCAUGAGGCUAUGACGGAUCUCAUCACACUUAUGGGGUCUUUGGUAGACAGGAGAGGCAAGAUCCAAAUUCCCGGCAUGUACGACGAUGUGGCUCCACUGACAGAUGAAGAGAGGCAACUUUACGACAAGAUUGAGUUUGAUUUGGAUGAGUACUCCAAAGACGUCGGAGUUGGACAGCUGCUACACAGCACCAAGGAGCAAAUCCUAAUGCAUCGCUGGAGGUAUCCCUCUCUUUCCCUGCACGGUAUCGAGGGGGCUUUCUCUGGCACGGGCGCCAAGACUGUUAUCCCCCGAAAAGUCUGUGGCAAAUUCUCUAUCCGCCUGGUCCCAGACAUGGACCCCAAAGUUGUGGAGAAGAAGGUGGUCGACUAUCUGCAGGCGAAGUUUUCCCAACUGGAGAGCCCCAACAAACUGAAUGUUAACUUGAUGCACGGGGCCAAAGCCUGGGUUUCUGACUUCAAUCAUCCCCACUACAUGGCAGGUCGCAAGGCCAUGAAGACAGUCUUUGGUGUGGAACCGGACCUGACGCGCGAGGGUGGAAGCAUCCCCGUCACUCUGACCUUCCAGGAGGCCACAGGACGCAACGUCAUGCUCCUUCCCGUCGGAUCCUCAGAUGAUGGGGCUCACUCCCAGAAUGAGAAGCUCAACAGAUCCAACUACAUUCAAGGAAUCAAGAUGCUGGGUGCUUACUUCCACGAAGUGUCCCAGCUGCAAGGCUGACCACAUAAUGUUCCUCACAAUGUGGACUAUAUAUUUCUGACACAUUUACUCCUUAUAAUAACAUUUUUGGUUAGUUUGUCAUACACUUGUGAAAGAUUUUACAGCCAUGUUUGUAGCAUUCUACAAACAGGUACUGUGAAUACUGUCAUACUUGUACGUAUUGUGUAAUGAUAUAAUAAUUACACCAAUAAAAUCUAU